AUGGCGGAAGUGCCCGGCCUUCUGGAAAAGGAACCCAGCUCCCGGCGCAGGCGCCGAGCUGGGAGAGGCCCCAACCAGGAGCUCAUCGAGGAGCUUCCCGAUGACUCGUCACCAAGCGCCGUCCUCGCCCACUCCCUGGCUGCACACCAUGAAACCUGCCCUGGAACCAGAGCUAGAGACCCACCUCUUGCGAGCUGCCCUUCACUCCGUCUUCACCCUGGGCACGGAGAAGGACACCACCGGCAUCCAGGCUCUGCACAAAGUCAUCCCAGAGGUCCUGGAUGCCUUGCUGGGGAACUGCUGGCAGAGUCCCCAGACGCAGACAGGCUCCACUUCAUCUUGGAGCAUGUCAACUUCUGGGUGGUGUCCAGGGUGUCCCAGGAGCGAGCCAGGGCCAUCAGGAGCAGCACAGCCCUGCUGAGAUACACAGUCACCCUCCCUGAGUUUGACAUCUCAGCCGAGUUCCCUAGGAUGGGUCACCAUGUGGCCCAGCUGGCUCUAUUUGUCAGCGAUCCAGACAAGGACAUCAGCCGGCAGGCCAGGGAGGGGACUUACCGGCUCUACCAGCUGCUGCUCCAACAGAUGGGUAAGGAACCCAGCUGGGACACGGAACCCAAUAGGGGACUGAGAGUGACCACAGGUGGAUAAUGGGACCCCAGACCAUUGCUCUCAGACUGACCCCA